UUUGAAGUUAGACGUUGUCUGGAACUUCUUUGAUUGGUAACAAUUGUUAGAAAGAAAAUCAUUCUCGGGACGUAAAAGUUUCUAGAUGACAAAUUUCUAACCUUCCGUGCUACCCCAUUUAAACAGGUAGCAACUCGCACUUUAUUUUAAAACGAACAUUACGUGUUAUUAAAGAAUUACUCAUUGACGAACGAAACUGAAGUAAAGAAAUCAAAGAAUAAUUAGCGUUCCAUUAAACAAAACUCUGUCAAGUGUUGCGAAAAUCAGAUUCGAAAAUUGGCAGAAUGUCGGCAGAAGAACAGACUGAUUUGCGUUUAGGACCUGAUCCUAAUGUCACUUAUCCGAUACAAGUACAAUACUGUGGAAAUUGUUCUCUUCCUAUCGAGUACUGUGAAUACUAUCCAGAGUAUGAAAAGUGUAAGCAAUGGCUAGAAAGAAAUCUACCGACAGAAUUUGAGAAAGUCAAAUUAGUCGAAGACAAUAUCACAGAGGCAGGGGGUGGUGAAGAUGAAAAGAAACGUCAAAAACGUGGUGGCAAGGGAAUGUUGAAGACAAAGAAGAAGGAAGAUGUUCCAAGAUUGGUGACCGUGUCUAGAGCACCAAGAGGAAAAAAGAAAUCAGUUACAGUUGUAACUGGUUUGAGUACUUUCGAUAUAGAUUUGAAAGUAGCUGCAAAAUUCUUUGGUAGUAAAUUUGCAUGCGGGUCCAGUGUAACAGGAGAUGAUGAAAUAGUUAUACAGGGUGAUGUGAAGGAUGAUUUAUUUGAAGUAAUCCCCGAGAAAUGGCCACAGAUUGAUGAAGACUCCAUAGACGAUCUUGGUGAUCAGAAAAGAUAAUAAGCCAUCCAAAUUUUCACUUGCACAACUGUAUUUAAUACUAUACUAUUUCCAUUUAUGGUUAUUUUAAAUAAAAUGUACAUAACGUAUA